UCCUUUGUCUAGUUACAUUGAAAGAUCCCCUCAGACAGAGAAGUGAAGAAGAAGCUUUGAAGAGAUAAGAAUGGCGGGUAGUGUUACUCCAGUCAUGGCCAUGGUUAUUGUACAAUUGGGCUAUGCAGGGAUGAAUAUUACCUCAAAGCUUGCAAUACAAUCUGGCAUGCACCCUCUUGUCCUUGUUACUUAUCGCCAAAUUUUUGCAACUAUUGCCCUUGCUCCAUUCGCUUAUUGCUUAGAGCGGAAUACGGUUCCCCGAAUGACAAAGCGCAUUGCGUUCCAGAUAUUAUUAUCUUCCUUGACAGGAGUAUCAGGAAAUCAGAUACUUUAUUUCGUGGGGCUCAAAUAUUCAACCCCUACAAUUGCAUGUGCACUAAACAACAUGCUACCAGCAUUCACUUUUGUUCUUGCAGUCCUUUUCAGACAAGAGUAUUUGAGAAUCAAGACAUUGGGAGGGGUAGCGAAGGCGUUAGGGACAGUCCUUAGUGUUGGUGGAGCGAUUCUUUUGUCAUUUUACCAUGGAAAAGUGCUUGGUUUUGGUGAAUCACGUAUUCAUUGGAGAUAUGCAGAUAAAAUGGAAAGAGAAGCCUCUUCUAGGAGUGAAUCAAAUUUGCUUCUGGGCCCUGUUGCUGUAAUUGGCAGUGCUCUUGUUUGGGCAGUAUGGUUCAUAGUUCAAGCAAACAUGAGCAAGAGCUAUCCAGCUCCUUAUACUAGCACUUUCUACAUGUGUUUCAUCGCAAGCAUUCAGUGUAUGGCCAUAGCCUUGUCUGUGGAACACAGGGCCUCAGCUUGGUCACUCCACAGUACUAUAAGACUCACCUCUUCACUUUAUGCGGGAACUAUUUGUUCUGCACUAGCGUACGUUCUCCUUUCGUGGACCAUUCAGAGAAAAGGUCCUCUCUACGUGUCUGUGUUCUCCCCUUUGCUUCUUGUCAUCAUUGCUGUUCUAAGUUGGGCUCUUCUUCAUGAGGAAUUAUACGUUGGCACUGCCAUAGGGUCUGUGCUGAUAGUGUUCGGGCUCUAUUUUGUAUUGUGGGGAAAGAACAAAGAGAUGAAUAAGACAAACGCAGUUCAAGAGAGCGUAACGGAGGUGAUCAAGGAUAGCGAGAAGGGCCUGGAAUUGCAACCCUAUGAUCCUUUCAACCGUAACGGUAACGGAAUCCAUCAUGGUGCUAAUUGAAGCGAUACAUGAUACAACUUACAAGAACAAGACGCUUUUAUGGACUAGUGCAUUUUGUAAUCUCAAUUUAUUACCCCUAUUAGCUAGCAAUAAGAAGCUCAUUUUCUGGUUUAGAAAGGAUAAUUAGUAGGAGUAUCAUGUUACUAAACGAUAUCAAUUUCAUACAAAUUUAAUUUGUACUCCAAACACACGUGUAAUUAUUAGUUUCCUCAUACUGAUUCA